CGCGCUUCUAGAGGGGAACAGCGCGCGGUGCUGAGAAAUCUCUUCGCUCACUCUCUCACAUGCAUAGAAAUGCGGGAUUAACCCUGUGCGGAGAAGAUCCCUGUGCCAAAACUGCGUUGAUAGUCUACUUCUGAGGAAAGCGAAGGGGGAAAACCCGACUCCAUACGCUCUACCAUAUAUUGUUACAUUUUUACAUUAUUUCCGGUAGAUUACGCUAUCAUUCCGAAACGAAUAACGAGUGUGAUAAAUCUUGUGAGAACCUGUGCUCUCCUAAAAUGAGUGUUUGAGGAUUUAUGGACUGAAACGGGGGAAGUUGCUGGCAUUAGAACUGUUCCUGUGUUGAGAAACAACAGAAAAGACAUUUCAACACCCAUCAUCAGCCGUAAUUUCUUAUAUAUUAACACUUAAAUGAGUGCCGACGUUAUCAAACUGACGCGGAGUCCUGGGAAUGGCGAGGAAAAAUAACGCGGCUACUUAUGGAUUGGUUUCCAACGAAGGGAUUUUAUGUUUUCUUGAUGUCUGGAUUCUUUAAAGCAGGUGUUUAGGGCUCCGUUUAACCACGAAGGAAACGUCCACUGUAGUUGAUCCUCAGACAAGAAGCCUCAUUCUCGGCAGGAAAAAGUGAUCGACGAAGACUGAGGUGUUACCUCUCCAAGGGCCCAUGGAUCUCCCUGUGGUUUUGUUUCUGCUGUGGGGACUGUUGCUGGACUUGUUGAGUGGUGCUGUGGGUGGCAUUCUAUAUCGUGUGCAUGAGGAACAACCUCCAAGCACACUGAUUGGCAGUCUGGCUGCUGACCAGGGCCUACCAGACACUGGACACCUGUACAAACUGGAGGUGGGCACUCCCUAUCUGCGGGUGGAUGGCAAAACUGGAGAUAUCUUUACCACUGAGAUCCCCAUAGACAGAGAGACAUUGAAGGAUUGUCGUAAUAAAGGCAAGCCCUGCUUUCUGGAGUUUGAGGUGUCCGUCACAGACCUCAUUCAGAAUCAGAGUCCACGGCUGAUAGAAGGAAGGAUCGAAGUGCAGGAUAUCAAUGAUAACACACCACAGUUUCCCUCACCUGUCCUUACCCUCUCAGUUCCAGAGAACACCCACGUGGGGGCACUCUUUUCAAUUCCACUGGCCACUGACAAAGAUACGGAGAGAAAUGGAGUAGCUGACUACACCCUAUCAGCAGGACCAGAGGCUGUAGCACUCUUUGGUCUGCAAGUUGCAGAGGACCGAGGUGAAAAAUUACCUCAACUCAUUGUAUUGGGAAGCCUUGAUCGGGAACGUAAAGACUCCUACGAUCUCACCAUCAAAGCUGUGGAUGGAGGCAAUCCACCUCGCUACAGCAGUGCCUUGCUGAGGGUUGUCAUUGCUGAUGCCAACGACAAUGCACCCCAAUUUGAAAAAUCCUCCUACGAAGCAGAGGUUGCAGAGAACAGCCCAAUUGGACACUCUGUGUUACAGGUGAAGGCUAAUGAUUCAGACUUGGGUCCUAAUGGUGAGAUUGAAUACACAUUGCAUCAGGCCGUUGAUCCUGUGCCAAAACUUCUCCGGAUAGACCGCUCAUCAGGCAUCAUAUAUGUCAAAGGCCCAUUGGAUCGUGAGGAGAUCAACAAUUUGAAAUUUUAUGUCGUUGCACGAGACAAAGGCCCCUCACCCAAGAGUUCCAAAACAUAUGUUUCUAUUGAUGUAACUGACCAGAAUGACAAUGCACCAGCAGUGGAGAUUCGAGGCAUUGGUCUUGUGACCCAUAGUGAUGGAGUAGCAAACAUUUCAGAGGAUAUGCCUGUAGGCACUGCAGUGGCAUUGGUACAGGUUUCAGACAAGGAUGAGGGAGAGAAUGCCGUGGUGACCUGUGUGGUUGCUGGUGAUGUUCCUUUCCAACUUCGGCCAGCCAGUGAUUCAUCAGUUGAUAACAAGAGGAAGUAUUUUCUGCAGACCACAACACCUCUGGACUAUGAAAGGGUUAGGGACUACCGGGUGGAGAUAGUGGCAGUGGAUUCAGGCAAUCCGGCUCUGUCCAGCACUAACUCACUAAAAGUCCAAGUGACUGACACAAAUGACAAUUCCCCCAUUUUCUCACCGACUCUGUUUGAAGUAGAGUUUGCGGAGGAGAAUCAGCCAGGAGAAAAGGUGGUAGAUGUAGUUGCCUCAGAUGCAGACAGUGGCACUAAUGCAGAGCUGGUCUACAGUAUUAUUGCAGACUCUUCAACAAGGGGACUUUUUGAGAUUGACCCUAACUCAGGUGAAGUACGUGCUCGGAGCCCUCUUGAUCGUGAGCAUAAGGAGCGCUACGAGUUCCGUGUUACUGCAGCAGAUAAAGGGGUUCCCAGUCACAGGGGUACUGCCACAGUUGUAAUCAAGGUACUUGAUCGGAAUGACAACGAUCCCAAGUUCAUGCUGAGUGGAUACAGCUUCUCAGUCUUGGAGAACAUGCCACCCCUUAGCCCUGUUGGCAUGGUAACAGUACAGGACAUGGACGAAGGUGAGAAUGCUCAAGUGCAACUUUCUGUGGAACCUGAUGUAGGCAAAUUUGUGAUCCAGAAUGGUACUGGCACCAUUCUGUCGAGUAUCUCCUUUGACCGAGAGAAGGAGAGCAGUUACACAUUCCGCUUGAAAGCUGUAGAUGGAGGGGAUCCACCAAGAUCAUCCUAUGUUGGCGUGACCAUAAAUGUCCUCGAUGAAAAUGAUAAUGCACCUGUUGUCACCAAACCAUCUAACUCAUCAUUCAUACGUCUAUCACCCAUGACUGCUCCAGACAGUGUUGUGGAAGUGGUCGAAGCGGAGGACAUUGAUUCAGGCUCCAAUGCUGAGCUCGUAUACAGCAUUUCCGGGGGAAAUCCACAUGACCUUUUUUACAUCUCUCCAUCUAAUGGCGAGAUCACAUUAACCAAGGAACUAACUCGUAAACACAGUGGUCUGCAUCGAUUGGUGAUAAAAGUGAGUGAUAGGGGAAAACCUUCCCGCCACGCCAUUGCCUUGGUACACAUUUACGUAAAUGAAACCAUUGCCAAUGUAAGUCACGUGGAGGCACUUGUGGGGCAUAGCUUGUACACCCCACUGGACAUGGACAUUGCAGGAGACCCAGAUUACGGUUUGGCUGCCCAAAGAAGCAACAUUGUAUAUGGCAGUUUAGCUGGAGUGGCGGGAGUGGUCACUGUGAUUGUUGUAGUGGUCUUCAUCAGGCAUCGCCUUCAAAGAGAAUCUAAGAGUGGUUAUCAGGCUGGCAAGAAGGAGACCAAAGAUUUGUAUGCCCCCAAGCAAGGGCCAAAAAGUGGCAAGGGCAGAAAGGGUAAAAAAGGUAAGCCACCAAAAUCACCCAAACCUCUUGGAGAGGAUGAGGAAGUCAGCCUUCAAAAGAGUCUGAAAUUUAACCUUGAUGGGGUCAACGACAGCCCCAGGAUCCAUUUGCCUCUGACAUAUCCGCCUGGAAGCCCUGACCUAGGCAGGCACUACCGUUCCAAUUCCCCAUUGCCCUCCAUCCAGCUCCAGGCCCAGUCCCCAUCUGCCUCCCAAAAGCAUCAGGCUGUCCAGGAGCUUCCAGCUGCCAACACCUUUGUGGGAACAGGCGGUGAUGACAACUCCACCGGCUCAGACCAGUACUCGGAUUACAGCUACAAGACCAAUCAACCAAAAUACAGCUCAAAAACGCUCCCGCAUCGCAGAGUGACAUUCUCCACAGCCAAUCCCGUGCAAGAUCAGCAGGACUCCUCUCAGCAGAGCUACUAUGACAGUGGUCUGGAGGAAUCCGAGACCCCCAGCAGCAAGAGCUCUUCAGGACCACGUAUCGGCCCCCUCGCCCUGCCCGAGGACCACUACGAAAGGACCACCCCUGAUGGCAGCAUCGGAGAGAUGGAACACCCAGAAACCGAUAUUCGCUCACUGCCUGAUGUUGCCAUGACAGGAAACUGCAGUCAGGAGUGCAGCGAGCUGGGUCACUCAGAUGCGUGUUGGAUGCCCGGUCAGCCUUCGCCCGUCCGCAAGACCCGCAACCCCCCUAAACUGUCCACGUUUGUGCCUUAUCAGGAGAGGGGGAGCCUGGGACGCCUGGCCAAUGGGAGCGUGAGGCUGGGAGGAGAGGAGAAUAGGCCACGCCUCCCACCUUCCCGUAGUGCCUACUCCAGCAGUGACCACACCCCAAGUGACCACGCCCCACUGGAGGAGGUGCCUCUGAGUGUGACAUCAGAGUUCCCGCCUACCAGCCCCCGCUCCAAUCACGCCUCGAAAAGAGAGAUAUACCUGUGAGAUAACCACACCCACCAUCUUUGAUUGACGCAUAUCAGAAAUUACAGAGACAGGGUUGCGAAAAGAGAACAUCGAAUUUGCAACAGGAUAUCAAUCAGAUAGUGGAAAAACACGCUAUUGUCAUAAUGUCCGAGUAGAUUAAUUGUAUUUAUUUAUUUAUUCAUGCGUUCAUCUAUUUAUUACCAUCACUUUUACUGUUCUUUUCAACUGUUUGUACCGUUUUUGCAUACCAUCAAAAACAACCAACGCAUACUUUUAUGUGACUUAGCAAACGUUUAGCUUCGCUAGCCUACAGAAUGUUCAUGGCUUCUUCUACUAGAUUACCAAGUGCUGGAGUGGGCAGGAGAAACUGCUGUAAAAGGGUCUUGAGCCACAUCCAGAGUGUCUAACACUCUUAACUUGAUCCUGUCCUCAGAGGAGAGCAGUCUUUAUACAUGUAAAACGCUGUAAAUACAUUUGUAUGGUGUACAUAUGAAUAUUACUAUCAGGCUCAAGUUGAAAAAUAGUGACAGGUUACAUCUAAAUCAGCCUGAACACCUGAAGUGUGUGUUGGUACCACUGCUUUCGAGGGUCUGAACAUUCAUAAUGGUCAUAUGGGAACGUGAAUAGAUGAACUGGAGUGAAGGGAAAAAUGUCCUAAUGGUGCUCCAUGACCCUCGUUGUGCCCGUCUACGACCCAGAUCCUCACCUGCUGUACUGUAUGUCCAUAUUCGCACUGCAGCAUGGUGUAUAGUUUUGUGUUUGGUGAGGGUGGGCAGUGGGUUUAACAGCGAUUAACUAUGACAGACCAUAACAUAUGCCGGUCUGUGCAUUCGUGUGUCAGGGGACCUACUGUCACGAAAGUAACACAAGUGGCUUCUGGCACAUUAACACGUUAUUCAACAGAUGAGAAUGUGCGUGCAUACUUUUGUGUCGUGGCAGAACUUGUGUUUUUUGGCACUGUGAAUCUCUCCUGAACUCCCACGAUAUAGUGCAAACGCUGCCUGGCACUCGCAAAGACGCCUACGGCUCACACAGCACAGCCUCAAUGAGGAGGAGACCACCUGCCUCCCCUCAAAUUAUCAGUAGAGUUGUGUUAACUCAACGGUGUGUUAAGUCCACAAACACACCUAGUCUCCAUCAAAUGGGUCCAUUUUUCGCCACACUCAUAUUCACUGUCCUGUUUUCUUUGUUUACAUAGUUUUUACAGUUCGAAAUGAAAUCGUUGUGUCACUCUAUUUAGACUUUGUUUGAAGAACAAAUGUAUUAAUGCCUUAAAACAGUUGUAUAUAACAAUCACAAUGGACAAAUUAGACUGAUAAUCCUGUCUUGUCUUUCGCAUGUCAAUUGUGCAUGUUUUUUUUCCACGGUCGAAAAAUGACAAAUGUUACAAAUGAUCACAUCACCAUUCGCCAUUUGCCUAUUUUCAGCAACUCUUUUUUUUUUUUUACGUAAAUGUUCUGUCCUCCAUUGAUUGGGUAUUUCUUCAGGUUAGUUUUUUUCUUUGACACUGUGCUGACUAUCUAACCUGCUCUAAAGCUGUGUCUCCCCUCCAAGUUUCCGAGAAUCUCUGGGGGACCAUUUUGACAAUGACUAUCUAGUGUGCUCAAGAACCAUAUAUCUGAUGGACAUUAUCAUUACUAUUGCAUCGCCUCAAUAUCUCUACUUUUUCAACACAUACUGCAGCACAGUACCUGCCCAGAUCCCGGCGCUUUGUCUGCAGGGGGGUUGACGAUGGGCAUUUCCUUAAUUAGGGUGAGUAAUGAGUGUGGUGCAGUUGGCAUAUGCGAACACUCCAGCCCCCAAAGGAAGCACAGAUCACAGAAAAAGAUCCCGGUCCAAACGCUUCAAUUGUUUAGCGAGUCACAAUUUUCACAGCACUUACCUCAUCGUGACUGCCUUCAGCACCUCUCGCCGAAUAAUUAAGGCUGAAACGUAUGGAAAUUACUGGACGUAGCCAUGAUUAAAUAAGGCGAAUGAUUAUCCCGCCCUAAGGAAAGAAAGCACAUUAUGCUGUUUUCAAAGCCAUUUAGUGACUGAUAGAAAAAAAAAAAAUCCAACGAGAGUCAUGAUCCAGCGUAAUUAGCCCAGCUCACUUUUCCUCCUUCGUGCUGCAGCCGCGCUCUUCCCAGGCGAACGCUGACCUGGACUUAACACGGCUAAAAGAUAGAGAUGACCACAAAACUCCACCACCACUUAAAGGCUUUCAUCUACUCAAACUCUGAGUGAAGCAGGUUCUGACCUUCCUCCACUCUGUUGCCGGCCUGAGUCAGAUAGUCUGAAUUGCAGGUUUUGACUGCUCUGGCUUCAUCUCGGCUGUUUUAUUCCUAGUAAUUCUAAGGUUAGACUCCUAGAGUCCUUCGGCCCAAAAUGCCGGAGGACGGACGGAGGAGUGUCCACUUCUCGUGGUUGUUUUUUAAACUGGUGUUUAGAUGUGUGCUCUUUCACUGUUAGAUGUCUGGAUGUGAUGAGACAACCGUAACGAACGAGGGAGUCUUUUCUUCGUCCUUAGAGCGAGACUUUUCUACAUAGACUAACGAAAACUGGUGUUUGUGGUAAACAUCUCUUAAAAAGUGUUCUGUACAUAGCUCUCCACAUUCCCCGUGCGUGGUGUCAAGCAGGCGACGAGUUGAGCAUGAAUUCCAAAGAUAAUUGGUAAAAACCGUUUACUGUUCUUGCUGAAAUGUUAGUGCCGGUUCAGAAACCUUUUUCUUGAGAGCUAAAGCGACGUUCACUGCACAAAACUCAUCUUCACCGUUCACCCCAAAACUGAAGACAGCUGCCUUGAAAGUAUGUCUUUUGCAGGAGAGUUCAAAACUUGUUAUCCUUAAUUGUUGGUUAUAUUUAUAUAGGACUAAAAAUGCUUGUGAUGAUCUGUUUUUGUACAGUUUUAUGUACAUGCAAGUGAAGCUUUUUAAAUCUUACAACAAAAGCCGAUGGCAUAUAAAAAUCGUAAAGUGUUUAUUGAGAUGUGCACAUCUUGCCUUGGAUGGAUUGAUCUUUUUUGCCGAGUCAGUGUGAAUGUGGCCGUUGUAUGCCUGCACCGUAGUCAUUCACUGGCUCCUGUCACCGAGGGCUUUAUCAGAUUUUAUGUUUAUUGUGAACAGUGGAUUGUCCGAUCCGACUUUGUUUGUUUGAUUCCCAUGUGUUUUGUUUUGUUCCGUUUCCGCAUGUUGAAAACAAACCCCUUGUAAUAAGUCCUUGCAAAGUUUGUAAUAAAAUGAGUGAAGAAAAUAAAAACAAAGAAAUACG